AUGGAAUAUCUUUCAAGAAGAUUAAGUAUGCUUAAAGAUGACAAUCUGUUCAAGUAUCAUCCAAAAUGUUCAAAGCUGAAAAUUUCUCAUCUCUUCUUUGCUGAUGAUUUAUUGCUCUUUUGCAAAGCUGACCUAUAUUCUAUUGCAAGAUUAAAGGAAUGCCUCUCAGAUUUCAGCUGUGUCUCUGGUUUAGAAACAAAUCCUAGCAAAUGCUCUAUAUAUAUGAGUGGUAUUGGUGAUGACUUAAAGGCUCAAAUCUGUGCUCUUCUUAACUUUUCUGAAGGAGUAUUGCCUGUGAGAUACCUGGGUGUGCCAUUAAUUUCCAAGAGGCUAUCUUAUAUGGAUUGUUCUCCAUUGAUUAAUAAGAUAUCUGCCCAAUUUCAAAAUUGGCAAAAGAAGAAAACUUUGUCCUACGCAGGAAGACUGGAGCUGAUCAAAACUGUUAUACUGGGUAUCCAAAAUUUCUGGACUAGUAACUAUGUACUCCCAGUUAAAGUUCUGGAAAAGAUUGAUAGUCUCUGUGCUCAAUUUUUAUGGAAUCAUAAAAUUCAUCUGAUUUCAUGGUCUGCAGUGUGUCAAAGCAAAGAACAUAGAGGUUUGGGGAUCUACUCUGCUAGAGAAUGGAAUCUUGCAGCUGCCAUGAAACUCCUUUGGAUGAUACAUCUCAAGAAGGAUUUAUUGUGGAUUAAGUGGAUUCAUGGACAUUACCUAAAGCAGUCAAAUAUCUGGAGAGUACAAACUAGAAUAAACGAUUCAUGGAUGUGA